AUGGCGGAGCCUGGCGGCGGCGGGGCCGGGGCGGCGGGCGGCGGCGGGCCGCAGCAGGGCUCCCCGGCCGCCGCGGGGGUGGCCGCAGGGGGGCCGGUCCGCGGCGCCGCCGAGAGCCCCGGGGGGCCCGGCUCGGCGCGCACCGCGGGGAAGAAGGCGCAGCUGCGCGCCGCGCCGCGGGCCAAGAAGCUGGAGAAGCUGGGCGUCUACUCCGCCUGCAAGGCCGAGGAAUCCUGUAAAUGCAACGGCUGGAAGAACCCGAACCCGCCUCCCACGCCGCCGCGGGCCGAGCUGCAGCAGGCAGCGGUCAGCCUGGCCGAGCCCUGCCGCAGCUGCAGCCACGCACUGGCUGCUCAUGUUUCUCACCUGGAGAAUGUGUCUGAAGAAGAAAUGAACAGGCUCCUGGGGAUUGUAUUGGAUGUGGAAUAUCUGUUCACCUGUGUCCACAAAGAAGAAGAUGCAGACACCAAGCAAGUUUAUUUCUACCUGUUCAAACUUUUGAGGAAGUGCAUUUUACAGAUGGGAAAACCUGUAGUAGAAGGAUCUUUGGAAAGUCCCCCAUUUGAGAAACCUAGCAUUGAGCAGGGUGUGAAUAAUUUUGUGCAGUACAAAUUUAGCCACUUACCCUCGAAGGAAAGGCAAACGAUAGUGGAACUGGCGAAAAUGUUUCUGAACCGCAUUAACUACUGGCACCUGGAGACACCUUCUCAACGAAGACUAAGAUCACCCAAUGAUGAUAUUGCAGGGUAUAAAGUGAAUUAUACCAGGUGGCUUUGCUAUUGCAAUGUUCCUCAGUUUUGUGACAGUCUACCUCGGUAUGAAACCACCCAGGUUUUUGGUAGGACAUUGCUUCGCUCUGUUUUUACUGUAAUGAGACGACAACUGCUGGAGCAGGCCAGGCAAGAAAAAGACAAGCUUCCUCAAGAAAAACGAACACUAAUCCUCACUCAUUUUCCAAAGUUUCUGUCUAUGCUGGAAGAAGAAGUGUACAGCCAGAAUUCUCCCAUUUGGGAUCAGGAUUUCAUGGUGUCUAGUUCCCGAGCUGGCCAGCUGGGAAUCCAGACAGUUAUCAGUCCACCUCCCGUUGCAAGAUCUGUUGCAUACAGUGCAAGUCCUUCAUCUCUGGAGCAAUCCAACAGUGGGAAUAUGAGUCCAGCUUGCAAAGUUUCUUCUGCCCUUGACCCAAACUUAGGGGAAAAAAGAAAAAAUAAUGAACCCUAUUCUCUGGAGGAUUCUAAAAGGCCAAGGGUUGUAGGAGAUAUCCCAAUUGAGUUAAUCAAUGAAGUAAUGUCAACAAUUACAGAUCCUGCAGCAAUGCUUGGGCCAGAGACCAACUUCCUCUCGGCACACUCGGCUCGGGACGAGGCAGCGAGGCUGGAGGAGCGCAGGGGGGUGAUUGAAUUCCAUGUGGUCGGCAACUCCCUGAACCAGAAACCCAACAAGAAGAUCAUGAUGUGGCUGGUUGGUUUGCAGAAUGUGUUCUCCCAUCAGCUGCCUCGAAUGCCGAAGGAAUACAUCACCCGCUUGGUCUUUGAUCCGAAACAUAAAACCCUUGCAUUAAUAAAAGACGGCCGUGUUAUCGGUGGUAUCUGCUUCCGAAUGUUCCCCUCCCAAGGAUUUACAGAGAUUGUUUUCUGUGCUGUGACUUCCAAUGAGCAAGUCAAGGGUUAUGGGACUCACCUAAUGAACCAUCUGAAGGAGUACCACAUCAAACACAACAUUCUCAACUUUCUCACGUAUGCAGAUGAAUAUGCUAUCGGCUACUUCAAAAAACAAGGUUUCUCCAAAGAUAUUAAAGUACCAAAAGCAAAAUAUGUUGGCUACAUCAAGGAUUAUGAGGGUGCCACAUUAAUGGGAUGUGAAUUAAAUCCAAGGAUCCCCUACACGGAAUUUUCUGUCAUCAUCAAAAAGCAAAAAGAGAUCAUUAAAAAGCUCAUAGAAAGGAAGCAAGCUCAAAUACGAAAAGUUUAUCCUGGCCUUUCUUGCUUCAAAGACGGAGUACGGCAGAUUCCUAUAGAAAGCAUUCCUGGAAUUAGAGAGACUGGCUGGAAACCAAGCGGAAAAGAAAGAGGCAAAGAGCCCAAGGAUCCAGAUCAACUUUACAGCACAUUAAAAACCAUCCUGCAGCAAGUGAAGAGCCAUCAAAGCGCUUGGCCCUUCAUGGAACCCGUGAAGAGAACAGAAGCUCCUGGAUAUUAUGAAGUUAUAAGGUUUCCCAUGGAUCUCAAAACAAUGAGUGAGCGACUCAAGAACAGGUACUACGUGUCUAAGAAAUUAUUCAUGGCAGACUUGCAGCGAGUCUUUACAAACUGCAGAGAGUACAACCCCCCCGAGAGUGAAUACUACAAAUGUGCCAAUAUACUGGAGAAAUUCUUCUACACAAAAAUUAAAGAAGCUGGAUUAAUUGACAAGUGACACUGUCUUUUUUACAACCAAAUAGUGUGCCUAUGUUAUGGACAGGGAAAGCCGUUCUAUAUCUGAGUUGUGGGACUUUCAAGAAACUUUUGUUUAAUACUUAGCACUUUUAAAAAACCCUUUUAGUUUUGCAAACAUGUAUUAUACUGAAGUUACAAAAAUUAUUUUAUUAAAUGCUUUAUAAUGUAUUUAA